CUUAUUUGAAAAAUCGUAAAUGAGCUGCCUUAGUUACUUUAUCGCCACUUUAAUGUUUUUUUUAACCCAAACUAGGAAGCUAACAGUAGCUAGCUGCUAGUAGCUUGUCAAUGCUGCUAGCUUAUAAGCAACAGCUGCAUUACAAUCGAGUUUUCGUCAUGACAACAACAGGGCACUGUAUUGUUGUUAUUUUAUACUUUUUUUUUUAAUGCUGAGCGACUUUUGUGAAUUGCUGUGUGGUGUUUUUUUUUUAAACUCGCUGGCAGCUUAGCGAAUGUUGACAGCACGUUGUCUCGUACUUUGUUGUUCGUCGGCUAGCACUUUAGCAGCUGUCAAACGUGUGGCGCCGCUCCUAUUGGCGUCUGUUCGUGUGUGCCGGCUGGAAAGUCGACAACGGCUACAAGACCGGCGUGUGCCAAUGUCACCGUCUCGACUGUCAAGAAAGGAGCUGCAACUCUAAUGGAGGUCAAUAAAGGUAAAGGUGAGCCGGGGUUGCAAAAUCCUGCCGGGCAGAUGGACAAACCUGGUAACUUCCAUUCUUUGGAAAGCAUGCUUCCCAAAGCAGUGAAGAGGAGAGUGCAUGCCUUGAAAAGGCUUCAGGUGCAGUAUGCCAACAUUGAAGCCAAAUUUUAUGAGGAGGUCCAUGAACUGGAGAGGAAGUAUGCUGCCCUUUAUCUGCCACUUUAUGACAAGCGACAAGAUUUUGUCACUGGAAAAGUGGAACCCACAGAUGAGGAGUGUGCUUGGCGCAGUGACAAAGACGAGGAGGAAGAGCUUUCUGAACAAAUAAAGGAAAAAAUAGCAAUUGAUGCCAGUAAGAAGGAGGAUGCCGUGCCAGCGGAAGACCCGAAAGGCAUCCCGGAAUUCUGGCUCACCAUAUUCAAGAAUGUAGAUAUGCUCAGCGACAUGAUCCAAGAAUACGACGAGCCCAUCCUCAAGCAUCUGAGAGAUAUUCAAGUCAAGUUUUCUGAACCAGGGCAGCCUAUGAGUUUCACAUUAGAGUUCCACUUUGAGUCCAACGGCUACUUUAACAAUGCAGUUCUCACUAAAGUCUACAAGAUGAAGUCAGAGCCGGACACUUCAGAUCCUUUCUCAUUCGAGGGCCCAGAGAUUAUCGACUGUGAGGGAUGUCAGAUAGAUUGGCACAAGGGGAAGGAUGUGACGGUAAAAACUAUAAAGAAGAAGCAGAAGCACAAAGGCCGUGGUACCGUCCGUACAGUCACAAAACAGGUUCCCAACGAUUCCUUUUUCAACUUCUUCAACCCUGUCAAAGCUUCGCCCGAUUGUGAACUGGACGAAGACUCGGAGUUCACCCUAACCACCGACUUUGAAAUUGGCCAUUUCUUCCGUGAGAGAAUAAUUCCCAGAGCUGUGCUGUAUUUCACCGGAGAGGCACUGGAAGAUGACGAGAGUUUUGAUGAAGAACUGGAAGAAGGCGAUGAGGAGCAUGAUGACGAAGGCGAUGAGGAUGACGACGAUGACGACGACGAGGGAGACUUUGACCCAAGGAAAGGACAACCCAUGCCUGCCGAAUGCAAGCAGCAGUAACCACGGCGACCAGUGGACGUGGAGACCUGCUGUCCAUCAAUUCAGCCAAUCAGUUACCCUCCCCCUCUCUUCUACAAACUCUCAUUUGAACGCAAUAGGAUGCAAACCAAACUGCGUUUUCACUAUGUGCAUGACCUUUUAUUUUUUUUUUUUUUUCCUCCCCCCUGUCUUGCACCCUUGUUGCCCCUCCUUGAAGCUCCAAGUAGAGGCGACCAGGCCGGUGCCUUGCACACACACACACACACACACACACACACACACAAACAAUGGUGGAGUUAGUGCAUUACUGCCAGGAACCUUGGCACAUCAUAAGAAUAACAGAAUCCAAACUUGAGUUGUCAUGGAAAUUAAUCUGUUACUCAGGGGUUUUUUUAAACAUCACCAUGAGAAUUGUUAGCUUACCAGGAGACUGCCGACUGGGUUGUUUUUUUGUUUUUUUUUUCUGUUACAAUGUAUCACUUUAAUUUCCGUUAUUAGCUUGCCAUUGGAUGAUUUAUUCUGGUGCCGUGUGUAUGUGAUGCAUUUGGGGAAAUCUCAUGGCCCAGCUACUGUUUUUAUUUAGUUUUUGUUUUGAUUCAGCUCUCCUCACUGGAGGAACAAAAAUACCUGCCAUGAUCUGGUUCUGAAGUGUUGAAUGUGGAGAUAAUUGUCUCACGACAACUUUCCUGCAUCCCCGUGCAUCCUAUGGCGCUUAUACAAGUAUUUAACAAGCACUUCAAUGGACAGAAACUAACCUGAGCUCUUUCAGCCUCUGCCAACGUCCAUAUUGAAUAUUUUGCAUUGAUGACUGAUGUAAACUUGACCGACCAUUGACCUUUUUAGUGGCGAUGACAACAUGCAGGUUGUUAGAAAUCACUAAGAAGCGGAAUCGAAUGCUCUCGGAUCGUUUGCCAACAUGUGUACACAUUGUAAUCAACAUUUGAAGUUCAAAUAUAUUUGUCUUACGCCAAUGUAUUUUGUACCACCCUUUUUAGAUUUUGUUCUGGUGUGACGCCCGCAGGUCAGCAAAGUAGUGAACUAAUUGACCUACCUUCUCGCUCUCUCGCUCGUCAAUUGUACUCGUACUUCUACUUCUUUCUGGGUUGCAAGGAUCUGAGCCAUGCGUCCUCAAAUGUACCACAUGGGGUCCUGUGCUAGCAAAGGCCUUAACUGGUUCUUCACAAUUUAACUUGGGUAAUCUCUUCAGUUUGUACAGAGUUGAAAUAUUCUAUUAAAGUUGUGCACCACUGAAAAGGUGUGUUUGU